GGUCUUUGUACCCAAAUCAUCAUCAUCAUCAUUCUAAAGCUAGUAAGUAGUAAGUAGUAAGCCACUAUCGUUUCUCUCUAACAGCAAAAAAGUUCUAACCUCACCAAACCCACACUACCAUGGGUAAUGAGAAUCGCGAGCUUCACGUAUUAUUCUUCCCCUUCCCAGCUAAUGGGCACAUAAUACCAAGCAUUGACUUAGCCAGAGUCUUUGCUUCAAGAGGAAUCAAAACCACCGUAGUCACCACUCCCCUCAACGUUCCACUCAUUUCAAGAACCAUAGGAAAAGCCAACAUCAAAAUCAAAACAAUCAAGUUUCCUUCUCAUGAGGAAACUGGGUUGCCCGAAGGUUGUGAAAAUUCCGAUUCUGCCCUCUCCUCUGACUUGAUCAUGACGUUCCUGAAGGCCACCGUGCUCCUGCGGGACCCACUGGAGAAUCUGAUGCAACAAGAACAUCCUGACUGUGUAAUUGCCGACAUGUUCUACCCCUGGGCGACAGACUCUGCCGCCAAAUUCGGCAUUCCGAGGGUCGUGUUCCAUGGGAUGGGGUUCUUUCCGACAUGCGUGUCGGCGUGCGUGCGGACAUACAAGCCACAGGACAACGUCUCCUCGUGGUCCGAACCCUUCGCGGUUCCGGAGCUUCCGGGGGAGAUCACCAUCACCAAGAUGCAGCUCCCCCAGACACCGAAACACGACGAGGUUUUCACAAAGCUUCUAGACGAGGUCAACGCUUCGGAGCUCAAGAGCCACGGCGUGAUCGCCAAUAGCUUCUACGAGCUCGAGCCGGUUUACGCCGAUUUUUACCGGAAGGAGCUCGGGAGAAGAGCGUGGCAUUUGGGACCGGUUUGUUUGAGCAAUAGGGACGCCGAGGAAAAAGCAUGCAGAGGAAGAGAAGCUGCUAUUGAUGAACACGAGUGUCUGAAGUGGCUUGACUCAAAGGAACCAAAUUCAGUUGUGUAUUUGUGUUUCGGUAGCAUGACAGCGUUCUCCGACGCGCAACUCAAAGAAAUCGCUUUAGGUUUGGAGGCUUCAGGGCAGAAUUUCAUAUGGGUUGUCAAAAAAGGGUUGAAUGAAAAAUUGGAAUGGUUACCAGAAGGGUUUGAGGAGAGAAUUUUAGGUCAAGGAAAGGGUUUGAUCAUAAGAGGUUGGGCACCCCAAGUGAUGAUUUUGGACCAUGAAUCCGUUGGAGGGUUUGUGACACAUUGUGGGUGGAACUCAGUAUUGGAGGGGGUGUGUGCAGGGGUGCCAAUGGUGACAUGGCCAAUGUACGCAGAGCAAUUUUACAAUGCUAAGUUUUUGACGGACAUAGUUAAGAUUGGGGUGAGUGUAGGCGUUCAAACGUGGAUUGGGAUGAUGGGAAGGGACCCUGUGAAGAAGGAACCGGUUGAGAAGGCUGUGAGGAGGAUCAUGGUUGGAGAGGAGGCAGAGGAAAUGAGGAACAGAGCAAAAGAGCUUGCUCGAAUGGCAAAGCGUGCUGUGGAGGAAGGAGGAUCUUCUUACAACGAUUUCAACUCAUUGAUCGAGGAUUUGAGGUCGCGUGCCUGUUGAUGAUUGUUGUGUCAUGUAUGCAUGUAGACUUAGGACGGUUUGUGGGAAAUUGUGAUGAUCGAUUUGCUAAUAAUACCCGCGGAAGUUGCUUAAACCUUUUUUAAUGUUUUUGGUUCGGUUUGUGAGUUUUUAAUUUUGGUUCUUAUAUAUUUAUUUUAUUUAUGUUA